CAGAACGUUUUUCCUUCGAUAACGGAGGAACAUUCCCAACGUUGCUCUGUCCUAUCAAAUGAAGGCAUAUUCGGUUGGCUGUGAGCGAUAGCGGACGAAUAAAGAACACUCUUGCCAGCUAGAUAAAAUCUGCUCCCGAAAAGCUGUACAUCCGUGGACACACUACAGACAAGAGCAAGAAAACAAUGUCGGACUCGGCAUCAGAUGAAUUCCCCUACAGUAUCUUGAAAGAGAGGACAUUGGAACAACUGGCAAAAGGAGAAAGGCCAGGAACGUUCUACGUUAGCACCGUAACCACUCCCCCCACCAACAGCCAGCCAAAAGGGAAGGAAGUCGCCCUUACUCUCAUGCCCAGCGAUACGACCGCUGCCGCAAAUGGAUUGGAAGACGAGUCGAAGCUAAAUAUUGAGGAGCCAGGUGCCGUGACCGGCUGUGAGGAGCCAAGAUGCGAGAUCAUCAUCCACACGUCGCAGGAGGACGACCUCAAGACGCUGUAUGCUACCGACUACUUCACGUUUGCGCUCUUCGUCUUCCUCUGCUGCUUCCUCCCUUUUGGCGUCGCGGGACUCGUCAAAAAUCACCAGUCGCGAGUGAAGGCGGUCGAAGGAGACUACGACGGGGCCGUGAAAGCGGCCAAGGAAGCCUUGAGGUACGCCACGGCCGGUUGCAUCAUUGGUACCGUCUGCUACCUGGGAUUCGCUGCCUUCGGUUUGGCGGUAAUGAUCAUGUCAGUGACGGGUGAUGUGUAUUAGCUUGGGAAAUUGCACUGUGCUCUGGCUUGAUAUAUCAAUUUGUACACUGUCACUGCUUUGCAAAUAAAAGAAAAUCGCCUCAUGUUUUCUAAGUGAAAAGACCUGAAAAUGAUCAAUUUUGUUUCAUCACCACAAGUCCAAAAUCAAUGGGACGUUGCUCUCAGUAGCUGAUAAACAGCUGGUACCCCUAUAAUAUAUGUUAAUAUAUGUUAAUCUAUUAAUAUAUGAAUCAGUACACAUAAUCUCUAUUCUUUUACUAAGGGGUUGGAAGAUGCGCCUUAUACUUAAAUAAAUUUUAGUGCAAAUAUUUAUCUUCACGAUAUCCUUAAAACAAUGAUAAUUUCGCAAUUUAGGAAUGCAUUAAUUAACCCUAACAGUCCCGAAUCCUUCACCUGUCGGAGGACUGAGGAUUGUUAGGGUCAAUAAUUACAUCGAUCUGGAUAUCUUCCACCGAUGAUACUUUAUGCAUUGUAAAAAAACACACAAAAUACAAGAUCGAAAUUGCGACCAUUUGCAACUACAACCGAAAGCGCACCGAUGAAAUUCUUCAAUAACAAAAGCAGAUAACCUAGGCCUACUGAUACUUAGGAUUGAAUUAAUGAUCUGCAAUUUGACUACAAUGGUAAACUGGAAACAAGGUUUUCGGACAGACAAACUUCUUGGUAUGUUGUAACUAUUAUGUACCUAUUCUUAUCUCGUUGCCUUGAUGGAUUCUCGGAUACUUUGCAAUAAUAUGAGCAACAUAUUCUUGUAAAACCGACAUAAUUAUGUGUCCUCUUUAAGAAAAGACGGGGUAAUUUGAAAGUGCAUAAGAUUUACGUGCGUUUAAAUUGACCUUUGUACCUCUAGGUCCAUAUGUGCGUUUCAUUAACUUGCAUACUCACAGUGAGUGUACAGGUAUACAUCUGCGUCGCUUAUUAAUUAAUUUAUCUUCAACUCCUGUUACCGCUGUCCUUGUUUCCUUAACUACAAUCCAAUUUCUAAUCUGCAUCAAAAUACUGAAGAAUAAACAGUUAGAUAUAAUGAUAAA